CAGAAACUACUAUCCUACAGAAGUCCACAGUUUUUGACCUUCUUCCGCAUUACAAGAGAAAGCGGAAAGACUAACAUUCAGUCUUUAAAACAUCCUUGUGUCACCUAAUGUUUUAGAUAUUAAAUAGCAGGUACCAUAAACCUCUUGAUGUUUGCUAAUCAGUCCAUUUCUACAGGUUCGACCGCAGAACUAUCACAAACUGCAUUCGGGAGCUCACACUCAUCUAAGUGACUUCAGAUUGAAUGGAAUGGCUUGAACAUGUCAUAUGAGAGCACAUAUUCACAUAUGAUCGGCAGUAUUUGCGUAAACAAUGGAAGACGGUGGAGCAGAUCUUGUGGAUCAAAGAUUCGCGAAUCUCGCCAAGGCAUUUGAGAUCAUUUCCCAGGCUGGUCAUGAUCGAUGGGUCAGCCUGACGUUCAAAAUGCUCCACACACGGGCCGAUGAAAUGGUGAAUGCCAUGUGCUUGAUUCUCCUUAAGAAGAUUGGAGAGGCGCACGCUAAGCUAACGGCUAACAGCGAUAGCAGCAUUGGAAAAUACUUAGCCGAAAUGGUCAAAAUGCACGGAGAAUGUGUGAACAGUAGCCACAUUGGCGGUUUUAAGUCAACAGAUGCAAAUACGUUAUUGGAUAUCGCAAGAAUUUUUGACGUUUUGGUGCAGGAGAGAUUGUGCGACAAGUCGCUACGAGAUCAAGCAUACCGCGAAGCUCUUGCGUCGAGCAGAAUGGCUGGUUUAGACUUCGAGAAGGAAGUAAAGCAAGUCUGCGGGCCUGACAUUAUCAAUGAAUCCAAUACCGAACUUCAUACCGAAAUGUACAAUUUGACGUCGCUAGGUCAAAACAAUGGCCCUCCAUCAUCUCAGCAAUCAAGCUCGCAUUACAGUAUCGAAAUUAGUUCGCCAACUGCUACAGAAUCCAAUAUGGAAGAAGCAAAGCCAAUGAGUCUACAAACACCAACAAAUUGUGAAACGUCAACCAAUAUUUGUGCAAAGAACCAGCUACCGACAGCGGAAGUCAAUGAAGCGACAAAGUCGAAGCAGUGUCUAGACCGCAAUGGAAGCUCCCAACUUGUGACAUCCAAAAACAUGAAUCUCAAUUUUUCGUCUUCCCCAAACGAUGGCGACAAACUUCACGCUCAACCACUAAACGCUAACGAUCACAAACCGACAACUAAACCUAUCAGUUUUAGCUCUCCAGAACUGAGUCAAAGCGACGUAGAAGAAACGUUUUACGACUUUGUGAUCCUACAUGAAGCUGAAGACGCGGACGAGGCGCAGAGACUCAGGGACAAACUUGAACGUAUUAUUUCUGGAAUUGGUGCAACGUUUUCUGACGACUUCGCACAACCAGGAAGGUCGACGUUGCGAUGUUUGGAGGACGCCAUCGAGAAUUCGGCGUUCACACUGCUGCUGCUCACCCAGAACUUCAGCUCCAACCUCAGCGCAACUAGCGCCGAUUCAGCGAUCAUGAAUUCGCUGGAAAACCACCACAAAAUGAACUCCGUAAUUCCGUUGCUACCUCGCAAGAACUGUUUGUUGCGCAAAAGUUUUCCGUUGGUGCUCCAGACGAAGGUCCCUCUCGAUGAAAGCAACAGAAUGUUCGAACGCAACGCCCAAAAGGCCAUCACACCGGAAAAAGUAGCAACUCAGAAGAAGAUUUGGAUGAUCGAACAGCAUCGUAAGAAGCUAGUCGAGGAACAGAAGAGACUACAAGAGGAGAACGCCAUAAAUGUGGAGCUGCGACGAGAGAUGGAAAAAUUAGCGCGACUGAGACAAGAAAGCGAAAUGAAGCAAAAUAACAUGUUUUAUCCGCCAUCUGUACCAAUGCAUGCAUCUCCGUCACAUGAAGCGAUGCGACAAUUUGAGUUCACGCAAUCUCACUAAUUUGAUCCAAGUUAGAUGUGUCAGGAUAAUUUGAUUUGCACUUAACCAUGGCAAACACAUGAAUAUCAAUGCAUUUGAGACGUUGUGUUUUCCUCACUGCAUAAAUGACACAUCACAGGUAUAUUUUUCAUCUGUAAAUGUUAGAAAGUCAUGCAAAUAUAUCCAUUUUACUGUUAGGAGUGGGCGGAGCUUCACGAGUGAAGGAGUGCUGCUGCGCGCAUGCGUACUAAAUAUAAUAGCGCAAUCAUUUUGAUACGUAAGUGUAUUUUAAUGAUAGCAUUAACUGUAAAUCAAAUUUAAGCUGCUAAUACAGCCCUGCUAGCUCAAAUGAGUAAAUGUUUUUUGAAGCUUUAAAGAGCAAUUUUGUAUUGUAAUGUUUUAAGGUUCUACUAAUAACCAUAAAAGGCACAGUUGUCAUAAAACCCGUGAAAAAAGCUGCAUGGCUAGAAACGGCUGAUCAAGUGAACGUGCAACUAUGUUAAAAUGUUUUUAUAUAUCUUAAAGAAAGUUUUUUUUACAUUUUGGGCACAAUACAUUAAAAGACAGUUGGUUGUAGCCUAUAUUUUUAUAAGUUGCAUUUUCUGUAUACUUUUAUUUUUGGACUUCUUUAAGUGUGUUUUCACUAAAAUCGGUGUUGUGAGAAAUCAUGUGUUUCUGGGAAAGAAAACUUAUUUUGGCCAAUCAGCACACUCCCUGCCUGUCAAUCUGUUUAAAUGCUCAGGUUAGUUGACAUCUGGUUGGCUGAUGUGUUUUUGGGGGCGGGGUUGGGAGAAGGCCUGAUGAUAAACUACAACUAACUUAAAAAGAAAAGAAAAUACAAGACAAAGUGUUUCAUAUCAUUGUAUUAAUUCAGCAUUAGGGCUGUCUGUUUGUUUUAUGGUGGUUUAUAGUUCUCUAUUAUUAUUAUUAUUAAAUAUUUUUGUGGUAUUUUGAGUCUAAGCUUAAUUUCCACGUUCAACAUUAUUCAUACAUUCAUUAUAAUUAAGUUUAGCUUUAAAAAUUGUAAAGUUGACAGAAAUGAAAAACGUCAACUGAAAGCAAAAUGUCUAUUGUGUUACUGUAAGCGGAAAAAAAGGUUGUACAAAAUAAUAAAAUAAUUGCCAUAUGACAGCAA